AAUUGGGCUUGGUUCACAGCAUUUCCCCGCCACGUACUGCGUGUUUACAUUUAGACCUGCGAUACCAGAAAAUGGCUGCUGAACCAGAAAGUGUAGAAAGAAUUUUGGAGGAGCACCUCCCAGCUGACAAACUCGAGAUAGUGAAUCGUAUUCUGUAUGGUUCAUCUUCCAGGGUACUUGCUUUACCUGCCGAGUGUGCUGCGUUAGGUGAGAAGGGUAACUUUGAGGUCAAAGGUCACCAAAUUGCUGCAGGAUGUGAGCAGUUACGUUCUCCUCGUCUAGUCAGGAUCGGCUUGAUACAAAACCAGAUUGUGCUUCCAACCACAGCACCAGUUAAAGAACAGAGAGAUGCCAUUCACAAGCGAAUUGCUGAGAUUGCCGAGGCUGCCGGGAAGGCUCGGGUCAAUGUCCUGUGUAUGCAGGAAACCUUUGCCAUGCCAUUUGCCUUCUGUACCCGAGAGAAGACACCAUGGUCAGAGUUUGCUGAGUCAGCAGAGGAUGGCCCAAGCGUACAGUUGUGCCAAGAGUUUGCCAAACGGUACAACAUGGUGGUGAUCUGUCCUAUACUGGAGAGAGAUGAAGUUCAUUUUGGAACCAUUCACAAUGCAGCAGUGGUGAUCUCCAAUACUGGAAAGGUGCUUGGAAAAAGCAGGAAGAAUCACAUUCCUAGAGUGGGAGAUUUCAAUGAGUCUACCUACUAUAUGGAGGGAAACACUGGCCAUAGAGUGUUUGAGACCCAGUUUGGUCGCAUUGCCAUCAAUAUCUGCUAUGGUCGUCAUCACCCUCUUAACUGGUUGCUGUAUGGUCUUCAUGGAGCCGAGAUUGUUUUUAACCCUUCUGCUACUGUAGGAGCACUCAGUGAACCAAUGUGGGGCAUCGAGGCUAGAAACGCUGCCAUUGCACAGACCUACUUCACAGCAGCUAUCAACAGAGUGGGCACGGAGAGCUUCCCGAACGAGUUUACAUCAGGGGAUGGAAAGAAAGCCCAUAAUGCAUUUGGCCAUUUCUAUGGUUCAAGCUAUGUAGCUGCACCAGAUGGUAGUCGAACCCCUGGAUUGUCGAGGACUAGAGAUGGUCUUCUGGUGACUGAGGUAGAUCUGAACCUGGUCAGGCAAGUCAAAGACAAGUGGUGCUUCCAGAUGACAGGUCGAUAUGAGAUGUAUGCGGAAGAGCUUGCUAAAGUGGUUGGUCCAGACUUCAAACCAAAUAUCAUCAAGGAAACUGAAUAAGAAGGAACACUUCAAAAGGACACACCACAUUGAUCAUUCCCCCAUCAAAAUUCACUUACCUCACUUUUAUGCAUUAGAUUUAAUAGUCUCUGUAAAUAGAUAUUAGAUAUGGGUUGAUUUUAAAAAUAACAUUUGAAGUACUGUACUCUUCCUGCUUUUAAAGUUUGAUAACAAACAUGUCUAAGGAUGAUGGUGUUUUUAAUGACAAGCUCUUUUAUCUGGUUUGAAAUAGUAUUCUGAGAAUCCAUGUCACAGAAGUCUUGAACUAGUGGUUCUAAAAGGGACAUUUUGAAUUGUCCAAGUACAUGAAAUGUUGGAUCCUUAAAUGAGAGAAUGAGACAUGUUUGCAUGGCAUCAUUGUUGCUAAACCCUCCACUCUGAACAAGCACAAUAUGCUGACAGCACAGCAUCCAUCAAAUAUGUAUAUAAAGAUAUAUACUGCCUGAAGCCUGAGUAAAUGAGUCACUGCCAGAAAUGCAAGUGCUGUGGUCGUAACUUGCAGUAUCGAUUUGUAAUGUCACAUAUUUUAUUUGUCUAAGAACUGUAAUAACUACAGCUUAGCAUUGAAAUGAAUAAUUUUGAUUUUUGAAAGGGAUUACAAACUAAUUUAUUCUUUGAUGUUUUAAAGGGAAGAAUUCAGCAACGUCAUGACUAUCUUUUCAGUCGCUGUAGGGGGUUAAAGCCACUCAAGGUUGAUAGUGUUUCUCAGAUUCUUGGAUGAAGAAGAGCUUAUUUUUUUUCAAGAUGUAGGAGCCACAAUCAGGGAUGACUCGCAAAUUCCCAGGUCAAAACUAUUACAUUGACAGUAUAUUUUAAUUCUUAGACAAAGGAUUUACUGCAGCAAAGUCAAUGCAAUUCUUAUUUGCUGUAACAAAAAAGUAUUGCCUUUAUCGAUUAGAGUGAAAAAAACAGUCAUUUGUGAGUGUGCUCCCUGACUAUAUUUUUGUUGGUGCAGUAAGAGUUUACAGAGCCCCUAAUUUCUAUGACAUGUGUAUGGUCUAGCUCAUCAAAGUGAAAGAAUCUUGAGAAUGAAAGAAAAACUUUCCCAAAAGAGUGUUGUGACCGUUUAUAUCCACAUACACAUCCAUUCCAAUGUGAAGAGACUUAUCUCUAUAAUGCUUUAUUUUGUGAUAAACUGUUAUAUACAUGGUAUUUUUUAAUAGUAAAGAUAGUGCUUGAUAGAUUUCUUAGUAACAAUAUUUGUUUUAAAGUUACAUAAUGUUAGCAAGAUGCAAGUCAUUUUUCCUUGUAUGUAAUGAGGGCUUAUGUAAUAAGCGGGAUAAUUGGUUAUGAUUAAUAUUUCUACCAAAUAUUAUCUCAUUUUCAAGACAAUCUUUUUGUUACUCUGUCUUCCUGUAUCAGCAUUAUGUAGAGUACAAGUAAUUCUCAAAUUUGGAAUAGUAGGCUAUAUUCCACAUUAAUCAUGAUACAUAAAUCAGAUCUGAAAUAAUAAAAUUACACAAAAAUUAAAUAUUUUUUAUGAGUUUUAUUGGUUGCAGAAACAUGAUCUUCAUAGCACUUCUUACUAUCAAACACAUUAAAGAAAAAUGUCAAGAUUAUUUUAGAUGACAGUGCGUAAACUUGGAAAAUAUAUAUUAUAUAUGUUGUGUGCUCCCCCCAAAGCCCAGUCAGAACAGGGUUAAGAUCCAUGAGUAAAUAUAAAUGAACGAUCUAUCAAACUUACGGUACUUUUAUACUUCAUUUUUUGUUAAUGAUGUAUCCAUGGUUUGGAUUAGAAAAUAUGUUAACUUUAUUUGCUUAGAUGGUAUAUUAAAAAUGCGCUUGUAUAUUUUGUGUUGGUAUUACAUUUGCAGGCUGUCUCCAAGAACUAUGCUGGAAGAUGGUUGCCUUCAAAAUCAUCAUAAAUGCAUGCCAAAUAAACAAGAAAACUUCUUUGCAUAGCAAGUUGUGAUAGAGAUGUUUGACAAGUUUUGCAAUAAUAAUAAUCAUUCCAGCAUAAAUAUACCUGUAUAUUUUCAAUGCUACAUGUAUGUAACUAACCUUAUAAAUAUCAAUUAUGAUAAAUAGACCAGUGCACAAUUUCAAAGUAUGAAUAUGAUGAAAUUAACAUGAUACAAUAAUAAAGUGAUAUAAAAGAAUCUAUUAAUUAAUCAUCAAUAAAGCAAUUAAAUACUAUAUAAAGUAGAAAAAAACUGUACAUUUGUACAGCAUACAUGUACAUAAUUUACAUUCUCAUUAAAUAAAUACAUGUUUACAAUCAUAUUUAUGGUAGACUCUGUAUAGAAAUCAAAAUUAAGUUCAUCAAAUCACAAGUACAUCUCAGUGUAUAUUACUUGUGAAACAAUCAAUGAAACAAUACAAAUGUUGAUACAUUAUUACAUUCCACAGAAAUGUACACUAAAUCACAAUAGCUGUACAUGGAACAAAAUAAUUCAAUGCCUUAGAAAAAUCAUUGCACUUUAAGAUAAUGUUUGUAAGCUAACAACUUGUAUUGCCAUGGCUCUCGUCUCUAGCACUGGUAACGGAGUAGUGAUGAUCAUCCUUGAGAGGUCAAGAAGUAGACACUUUCAAACAAGCACAGAUUCUUUAUUUUCUUAUUCUACGACCAUCUACUGCUGAAAACCACUCCUCAUUCAUUAUCAUACACUAACCAAAUCUUUAAUUUAACCCUAGACUAAACACUAUUUGAACCUAACCCAACUCAAUCUUCCUUCUGUUUAUCUUCAUGAUUCAAUUCAUUUAUUUUUCCUCUUUCAAUCAUUCAUAUUUAGUUACUGUUAUCUUCCCUUCUUUCUUUUCUGUCUGUUUCUUAUAUUUUUCCUUUCUUCCUCUGUUCCUUUCCCCUUCUGUUUUUAUCCUUAUCUCACUUUGCUCCUUUAUCUUCACCUUUAUGUCCCUUCUGGCUUUGUUCAUCUUUCUGAACCUUAUUAUCUUAAAGAAAAUAUAAUACCCUCACUCUUGUUUUUUCUUCUCUGUAUCUUGGGAUUGCUUCAUGUAAUCUUGCUCUAAGUUAUGUAAUUAUGUUACACAUUUUUUAAUUUGUUAUUUGUUAACCGCAACCAAUUAUUCAGUACAAAUUUAAUUUUGUGUUUGCAACAGAUCAUUAAAAUGCAUCUUAUAUCUGAACUCUAAACCUUCAGAUUGUCUAAUGAUUUUUGCAAUGGAUAGCUUUUCCAAAAAAAA